GCGGCAGGUCUGCGGGCUGGCGCGCUGUGAGGUGGUCCGUGCGCUGAGUCCCACCCAGCUUUUAGUGUGGCGAGGGAACUGAGUGGGGCUCCCGUUACGGGGCAUCAUGCAGAGAGCUUCACGUCUGAAGAGAGAGCUGAGCCUGUUGGCCUCUGAGCCACCCCCCGGCAUCACGUGCUGGCAGGAAGCGGGCCAGAUGGGGGAUCUGCGAGCACAAAUAAUAGGUGGGGCCAACACACCUUAUGAAAAAGGUGUAUUCACGCUGGAAGUGAUUAUUCCUGAGCGGUACCCAUUUGAACCUCCUCAGAUCCGGUUUCUGACUCCAAUCUAUCAUCCCAACAUCGAUUCUGCUGGAAGGAUUUGCCUGGAUAUUCUCAAGUUGCCGCCCAAAGGCGCCUGGAGACCAUCUCUCAGCAUCGCCACGGCCUUGGCUUCUAUUCAGCUGCUCAUGUCAGAGCCCAACCCGGACGACCCGCUCAUGGCUGACAUCUCCGCAGAGUUUAAAUAUAAUAAGCCUGUCUUCCUCAAGAAUGCCCGGCAGUGGACAGAGAAGCAUGCAAGACAGAGACAGAAGGGUGACGAGGAAGAGCUGGCUGGAGACUUCCUGGCGGCUGGUGACCCAGAAGCGCACAGCACAGCGCAGAAGAGGAAGGCCGGGCAGCCGGGAGGCACCGAAAAGAAAUUCUGCCCUGGCGUCUAGGGCUUUGCCCGGGUUUGUCUUAGUCACCGUGGUCUCUGUCGGGAUGGCCUGGUUUGCCUGCCUUUUAAAUGUGUUCUUUGUAUCUCAUGACAGUAUCAUUGUUGUGCCUUAUAAAACAGACCUUAUAUAUUUAUAGAUUUCACUCAUAUUGAUUCUCUAAAUGGAGUUUGUUUUAUUUAGUUUGUACAUAUGUAUUUUGAAACCU